AUGGAGACGCCCAAUAACCUGUCCCUGCUCCUGCAGGCGGUCGGGCGGCUCCACCGACUCGGCCAGCGCUCCGAGCAGCAGGCCUGGCUACUCUACCAGGACCACACCAUCAACCGCUGGCAGGAGUUUAACCUCGCCUCAAAGGCCGUUGGCCAGAUUGUCGCUAGCAUGCGGUACCAGGAGGACGCGGGCCCGGAGGCGGAGGAGAUCCAGGGGCGCGUGUCGGUCCUCCUGAUGCGGCUGCUGGGCCAGCGGCGCUCGCGCAUGGGCGAUGGUGACAUUAUGAAGCUUGGGUUGAGCGAGGAGACAGAGCAGGGCCGGCCAACACGACCGAAUCGGCGGAAACGCCGACGUGUGGAGGUGGGCACGGGCGAUGGAGAGGAGCCAGACGACAAAUCCAGCGAGGAUAACAGUAAGGAUGACUGCGAGGAAAAUAUCCAGUCCUUGCCCCAGACACACGCCCAAGAUUUCACAAAGAGGGACAUUGCCAUACACCUGGAUGAACUCUUCUCGCCAACAGAGAGCGGGAACUCCAUCCGGAACGGUUUCAGCGACGAUACACGUCUGAAGAUGGAGUUCAACAUGAUCGGCCAGCCUGCGUGCUGUGCAUCCGAUAGAAACCCACACUCAUGUUUCGAUUACCAACUGAAGCGACCAGAUCACGACCAUGACGCCGCUUUGUCACUAGAAACUCGACGGUACCAGGCUUCCCGUGAUAAAUAUCGCACAGGGACCUAA